UGAGCAGGCUAGCUGACGUUUGUGCUAAUUUAGCCUCGAGGCUAGUUCAUCCUGCCAAUCGUGCCACAGAGCACUGCGUUAGCGAUAAAACCACACGCCACGUAACAGCAGCGACAGCGAUUAAUUUCGUAAUUUAAACAUUUCUGUAAAAAGUGUAUUGUCUUAUAAAUUUAAAUUGUCGAAAAGACAAAUACAACCGUUUAAAUGAUUUAGUUGCUACCUAGCUUACAGCUGUAUCUGGCUGAGCUGUAGUGUAGAUUUGAAGUGGUUUAUGUUGUGUAAUGUCACUACAAAAUGUAGCUAUUUUGAUUAAAAGAACAUGGUCUAGUGUUUUAAUACAAGGGACCUCUACAGAGAAUCGAACGGAGACACCCGCACAGUGGAUACAGACUCAACGACCACUUUAUUAGGUAAAAAGUCUGAGGAGGCAGCAGGGUUGAUCGCGGUCAAACUUGCACACUUCACAAUCCGACCCUGAAGGUGUGUGGUGUCGAGGGAGAGAGGGUCGAACAUUUGGAGCAGUAAGGAAACACACAGCGACGACUCAACGGGGGUGAAGAGCUAUUUUUUUUGGCUUUGGACUAGAUAAUUGGACUAGAAACAAAAACCCCUCCUGUGAUUUGUAUUUUCAGGUUUUUUUUUUUUGUUUUCACAUGUGGUGCGACGUCAACUCACACAGUGGAUAUAAACGCAGAGCAUUACAGACUCUAUGAUUUUUGACUAUUUUUGGGGUCAGAGACUUGUACAAAGUUGGACAUCCUUUUUUUCAACGACAGGGAAUAUUGAGCAUCUCUGAUGGACUCAAAAGUGGAAACGGGAAACAUUGUCCCAUUAAGAAACAGAAGUUUACCAAUUGAACUAAGAUUAUAUUGAAGAAGCUAAUUCCCCAAGUUCAGAUUGCCUUAGUUGUUCUAUUUCAGGACUUGAAUCGCUUUUGAUACUUGUUCACAUAUAAUUUUUCUAUAUUGUGAGCAAGUAUAUGAAUGCAAAUUUCUCUUCAUUUUGAAGAGCUUUUGUGUGAAAACUUCUUUUUUUUCUCCUUCGAUGUUCUCGUACGUCAGUCACUCUGUUGUUUGAAGGGGACUGAAGUGCACGUACAUGUGUAUAUGUAAAUACUAUUAAGUUGACUUCUGUUGUAAAAGCUUUGGACUUUCAAAAAACGAAAGAAAAGAACAGAGAAUAUUGUUUCGUUAAUGCUUUAUUAAACUUUUUUUUUUUUUACUUUUGAAGAUAAUUUUUAAAAGAAAAACCUAAGAGGCAAAAAUCUAAUAACUUUUGAAGAAAAAAAACACAAAGACAUCACGGAAAAAAUGGCAACGGCCAGAACAGAAAGCGUUGGCACAGUCGUGAUGGGACUGAACAAGCAGAAUGGCCAGCUCAGAGGACAGACCAAACCCGCCUCAGUCCAGCCAGCACCUAUGACUCAAGGAAAAGCUCUGGGUUUACCCCAGAAAGACGGUGGAGGUAUCAAGUUUGGAGAUGAUUGGAAACAGAGCCUGAAGCUCCCUCCUAAAGAUACCAGGGUCAAAACCUCAGAUGUGACGUCCACUAAGGGGAAUGAAUUUGAAGAUUACUGUCUCAAACGAGAACUUCUGAUGGGCAUCUUUGAGAUGGGCUGGGAGAAACCAUCACCUAUUCAGGAGGAGAGCAUUCCCAUCGCCCUGUCUGGACGAGAUAUACUGGCCCGGGCUAAAAAUGGAACGGGAAAAAGUGGAGCCUAUCUUAUCCCGCUGCUGGAGAGAAUAGACCUGAAAAAGGACCACAUACAGGCCAUGGUCAUGGUGCCCACUCGUGAGCUGGCCCUGCAGGUGAGUCAGAUAUGCAUCCAGAUCAGCAAACACCUCGGAGGAGUCAAAGUCAUGGCCACCACCGGGGGCACCAACCUGCGGGAUGACAUCAUGCGCCUGGACGAGACUGUGCAUGUGGUCAUCGCUACCCCGGGCAGGAUCCUGGACUUGAUAAAGAAGGGAGUGGCAAAGGUGGACAGAGUCCAGAUGAUGGUGAUGGAUGAGGCGGAUAAGCUGCUGUCUCAGGACUUUGUGGUGCUCAUCGAGGAUAUCAUUAGCUUUCUGGCCAAAAACAGGCAGAUCCUGCUCUACUCUGCAACCUUCCCCAUCAGCGUACAGAAGUUCAUGGCCAAGCACCUUCAGAAACCCUACGAGAUAAACCUGAUGGAGGAGCUGACGCUUAAGGGCAUUACUCAGUUCUACGCCUAUGUCACUGAGAGGCAGAAAGUCCACUGCCUCAACACUCUCUUCUCCAGGCUUCAGAUCAACCAGUCCAUCAUCUUCUGUAACUCUACUCAGCGGGUGGAGCUGUUGGCCAAGAAGAUCACUCAGCUCGGCUACUCCUGCUUCUACAUCCAUGCCAAGAUGAUGCAGGAAUACAGAAACCGUGUGUUCCAUGACUUCAGAAAUGGACUGUGCAGAAACCUCGUCUGCACAGAUCUCUUCACCAGAGGUAUAGACAUCCAGGCCGUCAACGUCGUAAUCAACUUCGACUUCCCUAAGAACGCCGAGACUUACCUUCAUCGUAUUGGAAGAUCAGGGAGGUUUGGUCACCUGGGCUUGGCCAUCAACCUGAUCACAUCAGAAGAUCGCUUCAACCUGAAGACCAUCGAGGAGCAGCUGGUCACCGACAUCAAGCCCAUUCCCAGCAGCAUCGACAAGAGCCUCUACGUGGCUGAAUAUCACUCGGGCAGCGGCGACUGUGACGUGGAGGAGGUGGAGGAAAAAUCAGGAAACCAACAGGACAGCACCUAAAAAGAAACAAAAAUAAAAAGAACACAAGGACUUUUCGGACACAUUGGGCUUUUGCACAGACGUCAGCGCUUGCGCGCACAGUCUUCAGGCAACUCCUCAGUUUCUCCUGCGUUUUCAGAGCCUGACGCAUGGAUGUAAAGGCUGCUUUUAUUUUGAAGUUUUUCCUCAGAAAGCUGACGUUUUUUUUCUUUUCUAGUAAUGUUUGUUUUGCACCAAACUCGCUUUUGAGACGGGAAUCUUUUCACUCGGCCGCCGCGCAGAUGAACAUCAGAGCCGCUUUGAACCAACUGUUUUGAAACGAUCACAACAAUCACAACGGUGCGUCUCCACCGGCCGUCGCUCUGUCCACUCACACUGCUGUUGUCACUUAAGUGCCUUAACUCACUCCCACGUUCACUCGUCCCUUCAUCGUCUGCUGUUUCCUCGUCACACAGCUGAGCGCGAGCACAAAUGAGGUGAACUAAAAAAUAUUAUUAUUUUAACAUCGCGUUAUGCAAAAAGGGGGAAAAAGAUAACACACACCCACCUAAAUUCUCACGCAGAGAAGUGUAUGCGUGUGCAUUAACACGACUCAAACUUUACUGAAUGUUUAUUUUUUAAUGUGAACGUUGCAAUAAAAAAGGGCAGCUUUAUUUAAA